UCCACUCUCUGUAGGAAAAAGCUGCCAGUAUAGUUCUUCCAUCUCAAAUGGCCGAUUUCACGUUCCAAAACGUCUUCGUUGAAUUGAAAAAUAUUCUUCCCGUUUAUUUUUUUGUAUGUACCUAAAUAGUGUAUGUUAAGAAAAAAAAAUAAUAUUAUCCAAAAAUGGCAUUAUUUCAACAAGACUUUAAUAGUUUUUACUGUUGAUUGAAAAUUCUCAAGGAAUAAAAAAGCACAAAACCGCCACCACCACCCCGCCACAAAGUGAGUUCCAUAUAGAACUUAUUAACUUAGUCGGUUAUAAGAACAAGUUCCAUAGAAGUACAUUAAAGACUGCAAGAAUAAUGCGGAAUGGCAUUGUAUGGAUGGCGACUAGUUGGAGUUGCAUGCACCAUCGUAAUGUACAUAGCUGGUAUCCUAUUCCUUUCAAUAUCGAAUGUGCCAGGACCUCACCCAAAACGAGUAAGGAUCGGACGUUUCGGAGAGAUAGCAAAUUAUCGAACACAAUUCAUUGGAUUACAUCGAAAACAAACUAUUCACUGGUGCAAGGAAUUAACAUUUUUACAUAGUCAACCGACUGAGGAGAAGGACAAAAAAACUCGUUUAACAUUCCGCACAAUGAUUAAAAACAAUGAAAAACUUAAAAUCGAUAAAACUACAAAUAAGCACAGCAACAAUAACACAACUACUGAAGGUUCAAAAUUAGACCCCAAUAGUAGCUCACAUCAAAAUAGUACUGUUAGUGGUCUAACGGCACUAGCAUCGUUUCCUGGAAGUGGCAACACUUGGCUUCGUUAUUUGCUUCAACAAUCUACUGGAAUUUUUACGGGAAGUAUUUAUAAGGAUUAUGGACUUUUGAAAAGUGGGUUUCCGGCUGAAAAUAUAUGCAAUAAAUCGGUGUUAGUUGUUAAGACACACGAAUGGGGUCCAAAUGCUUGGGGUGCAUUUUCCAAGGCAAUACUUUUGGUUCGGGAUCCGGAUAAGGCAAUUUUAGCUGAAUUCAAUCGGCAGAGCGGUGGACAUGUUGGAUUUGCCUCCCCAGAUCGUUACAAACGCACAAAAGGAAGAUAUUGGCAACAGUUUGUUACAAAUAAGCUUAAUGGAUGGGAAAAUAUGAACCUUGGAUGGGCAAGAUUUUUUACAGGUGACUUGCUUAUUGUAUACUAUGAUGAUUUAGUUGCAAAUUCAGAAAAGAUACUUAGAGAAAUCCUCAGCUUCCUAGAAUUUCCCAUUGAAGAGUCUCUAAUGUCAUGCGCCCUAAUACGAAAAGAAGGAAUUUUUCGAAGAAAGAAGAGAGUCUUAUCCUUUGAUCCUUAUAGUCCUGCUAUGCGGCAUCAACUUGACGAAAGAAAACGAAAAAUCUACACACUAUUAGGACGCUAUACAGCGAAAACUAAAAAAUUCAACGACUAAGUUGCGUGAUAAAUGUUAAACACAAAUAUUAAAAAAACUUUAGCACUUAAUGUAAUUUAAUUUGUAAAUUAGAAAAAAAUAAGUUAGUUCCGUUUCAUAACGAAGUAGGAUAAUUUGUUAUAAGAAAAGAAAACAAAAAAAAAAUAAAACAAGUUUUGUACUUAAGAAAUCAAAAUUUCCACAAUAAAAAUUGAACUGAAAUGUAUUAAAUCUAUACUCCUAGGUAGAUAAAAAAGUGUUUUUAAUUUUCCCAAAGAUCCGACGCGUGUGUUACAAUUUAUUCACGAUCAAAUAAUUUCGAAAAU